ACACACAAGCCUGAGCCAAAAGCAGUGGGGGGGAACAGGCCGAAACGCAGACUCCUCUGCUUCCAGUCGCUCCGCGCCCUCCGUGACGGCCGCCCGCGCCCGUUUCACUCACUACGGACCAUGUAACUUACCUCCAGAAUGACGGACUACGAGAAGAUAAAGGCGGAGUGCCAGCAGCGCGGCCAGCUGUGGGAGGACCCCGACUUCCCGGCCGCGCAGGCCUCCGUGUUCUACCACCAGACCCCGCCCUUCCACUUCGUGUGGAAGAGGGCCAAGGAAAUAUAUGCCGACCCGACCUUCGUGAGAGACAAUUGCGAUAUAUUUGACGUCGUACCAGGAAAAUUAGGCGAUAAGUGGCUGGUGUCGUGUCUAUCAGUCCUGUUUCUGAGCAAAGGUUUACUCUACAGAGUAGUGCCGGCCGAUCAGCGAGUGGACGCCGGGUACGCUGGCAUCUUUAGGUUCCGUAUCUGGUGGUGCGGCCAGUGGCUCGAAGUCCUCGUAGACGACCGUCUACCCACCGUCAACGGGAAGCUGGCGUUCCUGCAGACCAGCUCCACCGAGCAGCUGUGGCCAGCUUUAUUGGAGAAAGCGUACGCUAAGCUCCACGGCUCUUACGAAGCGCUAAAGUACGGGAGCCUAUUAGACGGCAUGGCGGACCUCACCGGCGGCAUCACGGAGUCCCAACCAGUCCGCGAGCUGAGCGACGGCCACGCGCUGGCCAACCUACUACGCGCUACUAGUGUGGUCACUGCCCACUACCAACCCAGCGGCGUGGAACAGAGGGGCUUGGAGCCUGAAAUGAACUACCGCAUCUACAGCUGUGAAGAUAUAGUGACUGAUGACGGCCUCGUGCAGCAGGUGCGUCUGCGUCGGCCUCUCACAUCACGGGACUCGCAGCGGGACGAGGCCGACCGUAAAAUCACCAGCGCCGACCGCGAGCGCCUCAACGCACCAAGCAUCGAGUUCACCAUGAGUUUCAUCGACUUCCAACGUCUAUUCCACCGAGUGGAGACCGUCCAUCUUGACGCGGAGACCUCCUGGCCCGAGCCUACCCUCGCGGACAAGAUGAAGUGGCAGGUGAAGAUGCAUCAGGGGGCCUGGAGGAGGGGGGUCACGGCUGGGGGGUGCAGGAAUUAUGUCCAUUUCUUCCACAUGAACCCCCAAAUCCAGAUAGUGGUCUCCGAGACCGACACCCUCGUGGUGUCCCUGAACCAGCACAGCGUGAUGGAGCCCAAGGUGAUCGGCUUCAGCAUCUAUAAGCUGCCGAAGCUGCUCAUCGAGACCGCUACCCCGACCCAGUUCAAGAAACUCAAGAGUACCGUAAACUCACAGUAUACGAAUAGCAGACAAGUUAGUCACAGAUGCGAUCUCCAGCCCGGCUCCUAUCUCAUCAUGCCGACGACCUUCGAACCGCGUGAGGAAGCCAACUUCUCGCUCCGCAUCUUCUCCACCAAGACCAUCAGGAUGAGGGCCUUGGACUCCGCCCCGCAGAUGAUCAAAGCUGCCGUCAUCAGGGCUCCGCCUGGCUUGGAACUUAGCCGAUCAGUCAGCUUCGCCCAGUACGAGGCGAUCUUCCUUCAGCUAGCCGACGAGCACCGAACCAUAGACGCCUUCGAGCUGCAAGAGUUGCUGGACGCAUGCCUGCCCAACGAUUAUAUCAAGAGCUGCGCGUCCAUCGACACGUGUAAACAGAUUGUGCUGUCGCUUGAUAAAACAGGCACCGGGCGCAUCAGCCUCGCCAACUUCAAGGACCUGAUGUGCUCCCUGAAGCACUGGCAGAUGGUCUUCAAGGCCCAUGCCCGCGAGAAGAUGGGAGUGUUGCUAGCGGAGCGCCUCAGGGAUGCGCUACGAGAGGUGGGCUUCGUUGUUCCCGAUAGGGCGAUGACCUUGCUGCUUCUGAGGUACAUGAGGAAAGACGGCAUGCUGCGGUUUGGAGACUUCGUGUCCACCGUCAUGCACUUGCAUCGAGCGUUCAACGUAUUUUACGCAAACGCGGCCACGUCCAACUACAUCAAUCUGAACCUAUCUGAGUGGCUGAAAUGUGCGCUAACCUGUUGAAUCAUCAGUUGAACAUCAUCCUUGUUAUGUGUGUAAAAAAGGACGAUUUCAUAUCGAUAUUGAUAAUUAACUCGUUUUUAAGUGACAUCUUCAUACAUGGAGUCAAACCAAGAAAAGUAUGCAGAGAUUAUGACAGCACACGCAGUGCAGGUGUUAUUUUAAACGUCAAACGUAUGAAAUUAUCACUGCAUAGUAUUAAACAAAGUCGCUUUCCGCUGUCUGUCCGUCUAUCCCUAUAUGCUUAGGUCUUUAAAACUACGCAACGGAUUUUGAUGCGGUUUUUUUAGUGUUUCAAGGGGAAGGUUUAUAUGUAUAAUUUGUAAAGGUUUUGUGUAAAUUAGUUGAACUACCCGUGCGCAGCCGGGGCGGGUCGCUAGUGACGUAUAAAUAACACCGGCAUUGCGUGUGCUGUCAAAAUAUCUGCAGAAUUUUCCUGGUCUAACUCUAUACGUUUUGUGGUAAUCAAAUGUUAUAUCGAUGGUUGUAUUUUAUCAUUAUUAACAGAUCAAGAAAACAUUUACUCGUCCAAUUUUCAACAGUAAUAUAUAAAAGUAAUAAAGUUAUAACUUUCAUGAUAUUUCACAGUAUAAAGUGUAUAUUGUUAAUUUGAAUUCUUAACUGGCAUUAUGCUCGUAGUUAUUGGACUUUUAAGAAUAAUUCGUAGAUACUUGACAGUACUCAAGCUAUAAGAUAAUUUGUGUAAAUGUCAUCCCAGGUAGCAUUUAUACGUCAUUAUGACGUCAGCGACGUCUUUAUGACGUAAUAAUACCGUCAUUAUUAUGUCAUUAUGACGUCGCUGACGUCACUUUGCUACCUGGGAUAGCUUAAAAACGUAGGUAGGUACUCUAAAUUGAACGUCAACGCUGCUUACACACGUAAAAAUCUAUAUAAUUCCGAAACAAGAAAUAAUUCUACAAGAUCCAACGUUAAGUAGUUAUUUUGAAAAUGUUCAAAAACAUUUCGUCUCGCACAGAAUUACUAAUGUUUGUCUGUCUUAGAAUCGUAUAGCACUUUCGACAGUAAAUAAUAUGUUCCAAAGUUUAUUUAGUUCGAACUCUGGCCUAAAAAAGCACUGAUAUAUAAAGAUGAUAUUAACCACCAAAAUUUUAAUUUUAUUUUAAAAAUUUGCUAUUUUACACGAAUUAAAAAAGGUCUCGGCUUUUUGUUAGUUAGUUCGUUUUGCUGGGCAUUUUCCGCAACUCGACAUCCAAUGUGCCUAUUUUGCGUGAAACGAGGUAGCGCUACUCUAACCACCCCAGCUCCUCCACGAAGCCUAGCAAAGUCUUCAGGUUGCUAGUUGCCUCAUUUAGUGUGCAUGGAUUCCCUAGGUAUUUGCUCCUAUAUACUUCUACCUGUUUACAGUCUAGGAGAAUAUGUUUUGUUGUUUCGGCUUUUUGUUACAACCGCAUGUGUAUGGCCAGCUACACAAUGGAAUACUCGAUGCAUUUAAAAUUAAAUUAUGUGUAUGUGUGUAUAAAUGUUAGUUAAGAUCAGAAAUUUAAUUAUAAACGAUCUCGCUUUAAAAAUAAAAGUAUUUUAAGUGACAUUUUUAAAGAUCACCAAGGUGGCGUUAUGCUGUAUCCACACUUGUGCAAACUUGUGUUUCAAUCCUUAGGGCAGUUCCCUGAGCCAGAGGGCUAAAAUAUCUUCUUAUAUGAUCAUACUUUUCUAAAAGACGUUGAUAUUCGUAGACGUGGAAAAAAUAUAUGUAGUUCUUGAUUAUAUUAUCUUUAAUUUAUAAUAUUCCGAUACACGAAUUAUGAGAAUUCGCUCGAUACAAUUAAUUCCCAAAGUAACCUCUAACUAGGACUUUUAAUCCAACUUUACUCGGUUGUUUAUUAUGUGACACCAUA